CGGAGGUGAUGAUGGCGUUGGAGGAGCAGCAUCGCUGAGUUCGCUCCUCUGAGCCUUUGAUAUUAUUAUAAUUAUAACAACGGUCGAAAUACAAUUACUCGCCUCGAUCUCCUAACCAGAAAGGAUGGGGAACGAAGGGAGCAUCGAGGGAGGCGGACAACCCGGGGAACCGGGCUCCAUCUCUAUGGCGGGAGCGCCUGGUUCCAUUUCAGCACCACUGGGCUCUGGACAGCUCAACAAGCCCGCCAAUGGUGCUGCUGCCGGGGGAGGAAUGGGUGGCGGACCGGGAAUUAAUAGGGUUCCCAUGGGGAGUCCUAAAUCUGGGAUGCAGACUGGCUAUGGAGGAAUGGGUGGAGGAGGAGGUCAGAGACUGGCCAACCAAGAGAGCCACAGGCCGAUGCAGCAUAGCUCAGGCCUAGUCCAUGGCUCAGGCCACGGCCCAGGCCCAGGGCAGGCUCAGGGUUAUGGGCCAGGGAUGGGUGCUGGGAUGGGUGGUGGUCCAGGUCAGCAUGGCCAGAGCCCCGGUCAGCCCGGUCAGCACGCCUCCAGACGAAACCUCCAGGUGGACUUUAGCGGUUCGGGUGGCCGGACGGGUCGCUCCUCCUCAAUGUCCCCGGACCGUGGGAUCACUCCCACCUCACCCUACUCAGUGCCCCAGAUCGCCCCCAUGCCCGUCAGCAAGCUGUGCCCACUCUGCUCCACCACGGAGCUGACCAAUCCGCCGGCCCUGCCAAACUACAACACCUGCACACAGUGCCGCUCCACCGUCUGCAACCAGUGUGGCUUCAACCCCAACCCCCACCUCACAGAGGUCCAGGAGUGGCUCUGUCUCAACUGCCAGAUGCAGAGGGCGUUGGGCAUUGACAUGACCACCGCACGAUCCAAGAGCCAGCCGCAGAUCCACUCUCCAUCCCACCAAGCCAAACCCAUUGUCCAGCCAUCACCUGUUCAUCCAGCCCAGCUAAAAUCCCAUCCCCAGCCCCCACUUCAGUCUUUACCCCACUCCCAGCCCCAGGCCCAACCCUAUGGUCAAACUCAGCCCCAGGCCCAGCCCUACGGUCAAUCCCAGCCACAGUCCUUUGGCCAAACUCAGCCCCAGCCCUAUGGUCAAUCCCAGCCUCAGCAACAGCCCUACAGCCAAACUCAGCCCCAACCCUAUGGUCAAUCCCAGCCCUAUGGGCAGUCCCAGCAACAGCUCUAUGGUCAAUCCCAGCCCCAACAACAACCCUACGGCAAAAGCCAGGCCCAGCAACAGCCCUUUGGCCAAACCCAGCCUCAAGACAACCCCCAGGCUCAGCAUCAGCCACAGCCCUCCCCUGGCCUACAGAGACACCCUGUCGCCGGCUCAGCCUCCAUGCCCGGGUCUUCGACAAGCUCUCCCCAGCACAUCCCAUAUGGCCAGAGAGGGCCUGGAGGUCCCGGCCAGCCCCGGAUACCCCACCCUGGGGCAGUCCCCCUGGUGGGCAUGGCCAAGGCUCCCUCCCAGCCAGACCUGGGCAGAGGAAUACCGAUGCACCAGGGCGGCCGCCAGGCUGCCAGCGCUGGCUCCUCCCCCGCACAUCGACCCUCCGCCCCCCAGGGGCAGCCCCCCCAGGACGGCCUGACCAAACUCUUUGGCUUUGGGGCGUCGCUCCUCAACCAAGCGGCCAGCACCCUGGCAUCUGUGGACCCCCUCUCAGGGCCACCGUCCUCCCAGCCCUCCCCUGCCAGGGGUGGACCUGCCAAUAAACAAGAAGGACCUCCUGGUGCCAAACCUUUCCAGACAGGUGGCCCGCAUGCACCCCAAGUGGGUGGCCUCCAUGCACCAACUCAGAAAGGGCCCCAACAGCAGCAGUUGCCUGCACAUCAACACAAGGGGCCACAGCAGCAGCAAGGGUCUCCCCUCAAACAGCAGCAGCAGCAGCCGGCGGCCAGACAGGAGCCUCCUCCCAAGCCUGUGGAGCCUGAGAAGCCCAAAGUCAACUGCCCCCUGUGUAAGACGGAGCUCAACAUCGGCAGCACAGCCGAGCCGCCCAACUACACCUCCUGCACCCAGUGCCACGCCCAAGUGUGCAACCUGUGCGGAUUCAACCCAGCGCCCCACCUGGAGGGAAUGUGGCUUGUAUCUCAUCUCAAGCUCGACAUCAUAGCAUCCCCACAUAGUGGUGCGAUCUCGCGGUAA